CUUUUACUCCUGAAGAGCCAGAUUGCCUUCAUGACAUUGACCCUGUUUCCCAUCCGGCUGUUGUUUGCUGCUUUUAUGAUGUUGUUGGCCUGGCCUUUUGCAUUCAUCGCAUCAAUAGGAUCUGCUGAGAAAGAAUUAGAAAAACCACUCUCAUGGUGGCGAAAGGUGGUGGAUGUCUUGCUGAAGGCCAUCAUGAGGACCAUGUGGCUUGCUGGUGGAUUCCAUUGGAUAAACGUGAAGGGCAGGCAGGCUUUACCCACUGAAGCUCCAAUCCUGACUCUGGCUCCCCAUUCCUCAUACUUCGAUGCUAUACCUGUAACAAUGACUAUGGCUUCCAUAGUUAUGAAAGCAGAAAGCAAAGACAUUCCUGUUUGGGGAACUCUUAUCAAGUACAUCCGACCUGUGUUUGUCUCACGAUCAGAUCAGGAGUCUCGUAAGAAAACUGUGGAGGAGAUAAGACGGCGUGCUCAGUCUAAUGGCAAAUGGCCACAGAUAAUGAUAUUCCCAGAAGGAACCUGCACUAAUCGAUCCUGUCUAAUUACCUUCAAGCCUGGAGCAUUUAUCCCUGGAGUACCUGUUCAGCCGGUGAUUUUACGUUACCCAAACAAACUGGAUACAAUCACAUGGACAUGGCAAGGUCCAGGGGCGUUAAAAAUUCUAUGGCUUACCUUAUGCCAGUUUCAUAAUUUUGUGGAAAUAGAGUUCCUACCUGUGUAUAUACCUUCUGAAGAGGAAAGAAGAAACCCAUCUUUAUAUGCAAAUAACGUGAGACGUGUAAUGGCAAAGGCUUUGGGAGUUUCAGUAACAGACUAUACUUUUGAAGAUUGCCAGCUAGCCUUGGCUGAAGGACAGCUACGCCUUCCUUCAAACACCUGUCUCCUAGAAUUUGCAAAACUUGUAAGGAGUCUUGGGUUAAAGCCAGAGAAUCUUGAAAAAGAACUUGAGGACUAUUCAGCAAGUGCCAAGAGAAUGAGAGGUAAACGAGUCAGUCUCAAGGAGUUUGCUGAAUACUUGGAGGUACCAGUUUCAGAUACAUUCAAAAAUAUGUUUGCACUAUUUAAUGAGAAGGAAGAUGGCCUGAUUGAUGUACGAGAGUAUGUCAUUGCUUUGUCAGUAGUCUGUAGGCCAUCCAAAACCUUGCAAACAAUACAUUUGGCUUUUAGGAUGUAUCAAUCAGAAUAUGGUGCUCUAACAGAAGAAGAUUUAACUUGCAUUUUAAAAACUGCCAUUGGCGUUUCAGACCUUAAUGUAUCAAAUCUUUUUCGAGCUAUAGAUGUCAAAGAAAGAGGGGAAAUUACAUAUGAUGAAUUCCAUAGGUUUGCCGAAAUGUAUCCAAACUUUGCAGAGCAGUAUCUAUACCCUGAUCAAAUGGAGACUGAAAGUUGUUUGCACACUCCUGCUCCUAACGGCUUUUGUACAGACUUCAGCCCAGAACUUACUGAAGAGAGGAGAUAUCGCCUACAGAAGAAAUUGGAUUAAUAUUAAUAAUUCCACCAUCCUCUUCUGGUCCCAGGGCUCCCAUAGAAUCAAUUUCAUCAAUUACUGGAAAUCACCACACCCGGGGAUCCCUUUAAUGAUGAAAGGGAUUCCAUAGAACCUUCAGGACAGAAGUCGGAAAUGUUUACUGAAAAAAAUAGCUGCUGCUACUGCCGCCAUCAGCCUUAUGAGGUGUAAGGCACCAACAGGAUAUCAUCCAAAGAGAUGUACUUCCGAGUAGAUAUGUAUAGAAUUGUGCUGUAUUGGACCAACAAUCUCUGCUGAUACGAUAGUAACGGAUUCCUGAUGCUGCUAUUCAAUGCGAGAAUUAAUUGACUACCAGCACUUA